AUGGGUCGAAUCUCUGGAGUCGAAUCCAGUGCAUCAUGCACUUACAACAUCUACACGUUACGGAGUGCCCUCCCAGACGUGGGAGCGGCCCACGACACUACGAUUGAUGCUGCUGGGCCCGGCAGGGCGGCAAGCAUGCUGCCCGACCGGGUCCAGCAUGGACAUCUACAGAGCAUCGGCUCCCCGGGUGCCCACAGGCACCCCACGGGUCCAGACGCGUGCGCGACGGGUCCCCCCGCCCUCCCGCUCGCUCCGGAAGCCCCCGCCGCCGCUCGAGACCCCGCGAUUGUUGCUCCUCCACCCGGCAGAGCGGCACGCAUGCUGCCUGACCGGGUGCAGCUCGGGUCCGCGCUCGUAGCCGCAACGGCUCGCGCAAUGGGAGCCUUCCAAGGCCCCAGCGACCCAGAGGAUAGCGAAAGCAGCGACGGCGGGGCCCCCGACGACGACACUGCCUCCUCGAUGGACGACGACGCUGCCACCUCCUCAAGUGAUGACGACCGGCUCGGGCAUGUAGCUACGGAGCUGCCUGCCCGAGCUGGAUACACUGCAGUGGCCGCGGCCGCUCCCGCGGACCUGUACGCUACCAUCAGCGAGGCCGUGUCCACUGCAGCAAUUGUUUAUGAUGUUGUUGAUGUCUCACGUACCUGUGACGACCGGCUCGGCAGGCAGACUCCCAUACUGCCUGACCGAGUCGGGUGUGACGCCCCGAUGCCUUGCGGCGACGAGCCGUCCGCUGUUGCUGGGCCCUGUCCCCAUGAUGAUGACUGCACACCCGGCAGGGCGGGUAGCAUGCUGCCCGUGGGUGCUGCACAGGCUCCUGCCACGACCGCAGCCGUCCCCAUGGAGGUGGAUCAGGGCGCGACGUGGCAGGCAGCAAGCCUCACUCCGCCGUCUCCUCCUCUCGUGCUCCGCCUCAACGGCAAGCGUCGCCGCUUGAACGACGAGGAUGACGGGGAGGAACGCGAGCAAGCCGAGCAACUGCUGCUCGAGGACAUUGAGGCCGGCCCCAUGAACUCAGCGCUUAGGCCAUCCGCGGCCAGCGCACUUCCGGCCUCCGUCCUGUCCGUGUAUGCCCACAACGCGCCGCACUUCAUGUGCACGCUAUGUGCAUAUACGGCGUCAAGCUUUGCUUCGCUCAAGCGCCACCGGGACUCAAGGCAUCGCCGCAUCGCCUUCCUCGACCGGUUCUCGGCAGGUUGUGCGUGCGGCACACCUUUCGUGUCGAGGCUGGCUGCAGCUAACCACGCGCAAGCGUGCGCCAGUCUCCGCGACACUUCGGCUGCGACCGCAUCAGCAGCCGGGGACAUCAGCCCCACUGCUGGUGCAGUUAAUGCCACCGCUACGGUGGCCGACACCGAACCCGUGCUGCCCCGCCAAGACCCUCCGGUGCUCACUGUGUCCCCCCCACAGUCGAGCACCACUCAUGACAGAUCAACAGAGUCAAGAUGGAGCCCCCCGCUCCCAAGGCAGCUGGUUGCUUAUCGCGUUGCGUCCCGCCUCUCCGAGGCUCCCGCCCCACGUUGGGGUCCACCACUGCCUCGCAGCGUGGUGGUGUCAAGGAUUGCCGACCGUCUCCUCCCGCCAGAGUUAACGGAGGAGGAGGAGACCAAGGCUGGUGACAGCGACGACGAGGACGUCAACGACGACCCAGACAUGGACGGCGAGUGGCUGCUGCGCUUUGACGGUGCCUGCCGGGCAAACCCUGGGCCUGGCGGCGCCGGCGCUGCGCUAUUCAAGCCCAGCGGCCCCGUAGUGUGGACGUGUUCCCACUACAUGCCGAGCAGCGGCGAAACCAACAACACGGCCAAGUACACCGCGCUGCUGCUCGGCACACGGGCUGCCGCCGACCACGGUGUCACGCGCCUGCGGAUCGAGGGUGACAGCACUCUUGUCAUCCAGCAGGUGCGUGGCAUCUUCGCCACACGCAACAAGCGCCUGAGGCAACUGCGCAUUGCGGUCAAGGCGGAGCUGGCGCGGAUGGAGCGGGCCACGCUCCAUUCCAUCUACAGGCAGGCGAAUGGUCAUGCCGACCGCCUCGCCAAUGCCGCUCUUGACCGCCGCACGACCACGUUGGAGUGUGGGGUGCAUACCGAUGGACAUGGAUGCACCUCCACCUCCACGACGGCCCCUGCACCCGCAGCUGCACCUCCGCCUGCCACACCGCAUGUCGCGAUGGGCACUGAUGACCCCCCAAGCCCCGCAGAUGAUGAUGACAUGGGGGACAUCGAUGAUGGCGAGGUGUAUGCAGCGAUGAGUGUAGGGCCUGAUGCAGUGCCUCAGCGCCGGUCGCAACUGCGCCUACGGCAGCUGGACGAAGACGAGGAAGAGGCUGCGGGCAAGUUGGUGGAGCGGCUAGCAGCGAAGCUAGCUGCCAAGAUAACGGACGCUGAUGACUGGGAGAAGGCGGAGGGCUACAUCACAGCCCUCCCGUAUGCGCUGUACGAUCAACUGCAGCCUUACUCCCGGUCACAGCACCCCGCCCAACCUCACUCCCAGCGCCCGCAGCUGCACUAUCCAGACGUGCGUCCUGCCAGGCGACCGGAGCCACACCAAGGUCCGGCGCAGGCCGUGACGCCAGACGGUCAGCGCCAAGGUGGCAGCCGUUCACGUCGUCGCCGUGGUCACUCCGGUGGUGGCAUGGGGCGCCGGCGCACACGUCCGCCCCGUGUGACACGUCAUCACCGUGAGCACCGGCUUGACGAGGCUCUGGACGCCAUGCAUGCUGUCCAGCGUGGCGAGCCGGGCAACCGCAAGGUUGUGGCCAAGGCACGUCGUCGUGUGGGGAGGAUCCACUCAUCCGUUUCGCAGCAACGCCUCCGCCACCUCUUCGAGACUUCGGAGAAGGUGUGUGUUGAGAGCAUCCUGGCGACGGCUCGGUCCAAGCGCGAGGCAGACGAUGCUGCGGCUACGCCAGCCAGCGCCUCUGCGCCUCCGCCGGACUGUGUGGACGUGGAGGAAGGCACCUGCCCCAUUCCAUGGGAGAGCCUGCACCGGUUCUUUACCGAGGUGAACUCCCCGGUGGGUGCAUUCGACCCUAUGGCGCCAGUUGGAGCCUCGUUCCGCGCGGCCAUGGACCGCUUGCCUCCAGCGACAGUUGACAUGGCGCUGCUCACGGAUGGGCCGUCUUCGCAUGAGAUCGAGGACCAAGUGCAGCGUGCGCGUGGCAGUUCCAGCCCUGGCUUGGACGGUGUCGGCUAUGACAUCUUCAAGCUGUUCACGGCCCAGCUUCUGCCCGCCCUGCAUGCGGCGUUCGCGCGCUGCUGGCAGUCCAAGCGUGUGCCGCAGAGCUGGAAGGUUGGCGUGGUGCGCCUGCUGCACAAGAAGGGCGAUCGGCUCGACCCAUCCAAUUGGCGGCCGAUCUGCUUGCAGCAGGCCAUCUACAAGUUGUACGCCGGCGUCUUGUCGCGUCGCUUUACGCGCUGGCUCGACGUCAACGGUCGCCAUGCCGACGCGCAGAAGGGCUUUCGAGCCAUGAACGGCUGCGGGGAACACAACUUUCUCGCAGCCAUGCUCGUCGACCAAGCCCGCCGCAAGCAUCAAGAGUUGCAUGUCGUGUGGUACGACUUUGCCAACGCUUUUGGUAGCGUGCCACACGACUUGCUAUGGGAAGCGCUACAACGGCAGGGUGUUCCGCCCGAGUUUGUCGCUUGUUGCCGUGGUCUAUACGCAGACGCAGCGUUUACAAUUGGUAACGCUGUGGAUGGGACCACGGCACCGAUCGCGUUGAAGGUGGGGGUGUUUCAAGGCUGCCCACUCAGCCCCCAUCUCUUCACCGCCGCGAUCGCCCCGCUGCUUCACGCGCUCAAGUCGCUGCCGGACACUGGAGUGAAGAUGUCCUGCGACGACCGUCCCGGUGCUGCUGCUUACGCAGACGACUUGAAGACAUUCAGCAGCACCGUGGACGGUAUCCAGCGUCAACACUCGGUGGUGCACGACUUCCUACGCUGGACUGGCAUGAAAGCUAACUCGCUGAAGUGCAGCACCAUGUCAGUCCAGCGAGAUGUGCGUGGUCUCCACCAGACCAGCGACCUCGGGCUGCAGCUGAACGGCACCCCGAUCCCCGCGCUCAGCGCCUCCGACUCUUACCAGUACUUGGGGAUCGGGGAUGGCUUCGACCAUGUGCGCCGUCGCGUCGAGCUGGGCCCAGCUAUCGCCCAGCUCAAGCAUGAUGCGACGGCACUGCUGCAGUCCGGGCUGGCGCCGUGGCAGGUGGUCAAGGCGGUCAAGGUGUACUUUACCCGCGCGUCGAGUACGCCCUCCGGCACUUGCGACCGUUCGCACAGCAGCUGGAGGGCUUCGAUCGCCACAUUGUUCACGGUCUCCGCCACCUGCUGCGGCUGCCGACUAGCGCUACGACAGCGUUUCUUUACGCUCCUGUUUCUCGUGGAGAUGUUGCACUCUUCUGACCCUGCCACCCAGCGCAUUGCCCGCCAGCAGCUCCGUCAAAUUGCAGAGGCCCGCUACAAGUUGGAUGUCGUGCUGUGGAAGGACCGUGAGGAGGAGCUGGGCGAGCUCCUUCUCAACAGUAAGCUGGGGACGUCGGACCCAGCGCCGCCCAAGCGACGGAAUGCGGACAUUGGGUCGCUGUGGUUCGACGUCCGAGGUCACCUUCACCGCUUUGGCCUCAAGUUUGAGAUGGCGCCAGCGGUGGAGGAGACGGGGACGCCGGCCAAGAGGUUGCAGCUUCGCGUGCCCCACCACGACGGUUGGUUGGACCAUCGGGAUGUCCUUCGGCACGUGAAGCUGCACCUCAAGAACAAGCACUGGAAGCGAUGGGCCGCGAUGAAGGACCAAGGGAAGGCUGCUCGCACCUUUGGUGGUGCUGGCAGCGCCUUCCUCUCGCGGCCCCGUGGCCUCUGGGAGAGCGACUACCGCUUUGCGGUGGGUGGUCGUCUCAACCAGCUGGAUACCCACAGUGUCUUGAAGCGCCGGCGUCUUCGGACGCACGACAAGUGUCGAUUCCCUGGCUGCUCAAGGACCGAGACGCUGGCACAUGUGUUGAAUCACUGUGCCGGCACCAUGGAUGCAGUCCGCACCCGCCACGACGACGCUCUGACGAUCAUUGAGCGGGCGAUAGCGUCGUCGGCGGGUGAUCGGAAGGAAAGGGUUGAGCUGAGGGUUAACCAAACCGUACCCUCGCUCCCCAGACCUGCUCUGCGGCCGGACUUGCAGGUCUACAACCACACCACACGUUCGGUGUCGGUUGUAGAUCUGGCUGUGGCCUUUGAAGACCAAGCUACAGACGACCCGAGGACGUCGUCGCUCGCGCGGAUUGCUGCGCUUAAGCGCGCCAAGUACGACUGCGUCAAGCGACACCUAGAGCGUCAAGGCUGGACGGUUCACCUUUCGGCGCUCGUCUAUGGUUCGCUUGGUGCAGUCGCCGGUGGUAACCUUGCGGUUUACACCGAGCAACUUGGCGUGCUGAAGCGCGAUGCGAAGCGGCUGGACAGGCACCUUUCUGCUGAGUGCAUUAAGUCCAGCCGCCGCAUCUGGAAUCUACAUUGCAGCCAACACCGCGCGAGGCAGCAGGGCCAAGGUGACGUUCAAGGUUCAAGUCGAGACCAAGUUCACGGACGAAGACAUGGACGCUCAAGACGAGAUGCAAGGGGCAGUCGGGUGACGGAGACCGGGGGGACUCCGUCACAUCAAGGCCACCGCUAG